AUGGUAGCCAGAGACCAUCUAGUUUUCCUGGUUUCAGUGUCAGGAAGGGCACCUCGCAUAACACAGCCACCUGGUUCCGCGGGCUGGAGCCCGCCCUCCCAAGGAGUCCUUCUCUGCACGCAGUCCUUGGCUCUGGCGGGAACGAGGAAGGCCUGGGCGCCGGAGCCACUGCCCCUUCUCGGGCUGCACCCACCCCAGGCCGCGCCUCCCUGCGCGUGGAGAGGGCGUCCCGCCGCCGGCGCACGUGGCUCCAGCUGCCGCCCAGCGCGGAGGAGGUGGGCGGGCGGCGGCCUGGGGUCACCGCCUCGGCUCCCAGAGCGGCUUCAGCCACCGGCGAGGAGACAGCGCGGAAUGGGCGAGCAGGGGUGCCAGCCAGCCGAGGUGCCCCGACCCCCAGACCCCGACUGCGUGGGGGAUUGGUGGGACAUGGUCAGACGAAAUUUGCAAUCCAUCCCAGGCUCAUGUUCAACACUCAGAAGAAAAAUUGUUGCUCUCUAUAGUGACUUUACUAGUAAAUCAUUGAAAGAACACAUUUUUCCUCCUUUGAUGAAAAUGCUAAUUUUUUUAAAUUUUUAUAAAGCACCAUAUCUUGUGGAUUUAAAGAAACCAGAGAAAAAGAUGGCUCACACAGUAAACUUCUAUGUCAAAGUGGAACCUGGGGUGUUUCUGGGAAUCUGGCACACGGUCCCCAGCUGCCGACAUGAAGAUGCUAAGGAGAAGGACCGUUGCUGGUAUGAGGCGGCCCUUCAUGAUGGCAACCCAAUUGUCAUUUAUCUCCAUGGCAGUGCACGAAACAGGGCAGCGUCUAACCGACUUAAAUUAGUGAAGGUGCUGAGUGAUGGGGGCUUUCAUGUCUUGUCUGUUGACUACAGAGGGUUUGGGGACUCAACAGGUAAGGCCACAGAGAAAGGCCUGACCAUGGAUGUAGUUUCUGUCUAUGAGUGGACUAAGGCAAGGAGUGGUGGCAACCCUGUGUGUCUCUGGGGGCACUCUCUGGGAACAGGAGUUGCAACAAAUGCUGCAAGAGUGCUAGAAGAGAAAGGAUGUCCAGUUGAUGCUGUGAUCUUGGAGUCACCAUUUACCAACAUAUGGGUUGCAACUAUUAAUUAUCCCUUGUUAAAAAUUUACCGUAAACUUCCUGGGUUUUUACGCCUGAUGAUGGAUUCCUUGAGAGAAGACAAUAUAUUCUUCCCUAAUGAUGAAAAUGUGAAGUUCUUGUCUUCACCCCUGCUCAUCCUUCAUGGAGAGGAUGACAACAUUGUACCUUUGGAGUUUGGAAUAAAGCUCUAUGAAAUUGCAUACAAUGCAUACAGGCACAAAGAGAGGGUCAAGAUGGUGAUCUUCCCCCCUGGCUUCCGCCAUAACUUUCUUUAUAAAAGCCCGAUGCUGCUUGCAACUGUGAGAGAUUUCCUAAGCAAGCAGUGGGCAUGA